CCAGCUCUGCACUGGGAGCGUAGAGCUCUGACUGCUCACCAGUCUGAGUGCUAAGACGAGAGAAAGUCUUAGAGACACCAAAGAAAGACCAAAGCCAGAGAAAAUAAAAUAUAUUCAGUUUAGGAAAGGCUAUACUUUGCAGGCACUAUGAAAGGCUCUAUUUCCUUUACGGUCUUUGCAGUCCUUUUACUGGUGCACAGCUCCCAGGAAGUCUAUGUUCAGGAUGGAGACUUAAAGUUCUCGCUUGAGUCUGUGAAGAAGCUAAAGGAGCUUAUGGAUGAGAACAGACACACUAACCCUCGCAUGGUUGUUUCAAUGGCUGGCUAUUCUCCAUGUGAUGAAAAGUCUCUCCCUGAGGAGUUUCAACCUGUGUGCAAAAGAGAAGAUGCAGCCAUGAUUUUUGAGAGGCUGUACGUGGCAGUCCGAGAAGCUGAUUUGUGUGAAAUCUGUGCAAAUGCUGCCUGCGCUGGUUGCUUUUGAACAACAAUCUAAAGAAGAUGUGUCAAGCUAGGAAGUUUCUGCAUUCAUAUUGCAAGAUCAUAUACUUUCACAAAUCAAUAUUUGGGCUCCAUCUCCACUACAGUCAAACUGGAGCUUCUAGCUCAUGUAGACAUACCAGGGGUACUCCUGGAGUGGUUGGGUCAGGUGUCACCAGCAGUGCAGUUCUGGCAACAAGGAGGCUGUAAACCUCACCUGGGAGGUUUCAGUUCUGCCUGAGUUGUGUCAUAUUGGAAUGAAAAUGUCCCGGGCACAGUUUCAUUUUCCACUAGUUUGUCCGGAUUGGAACAGAACGGGUGAACCUGAGCAGUUUCCUGCAGCCUUUUUAAUAUCUAAAUCUGCCUGUGAUUUGGCCUCCCCUACACAUAAGACCCAGCAGCACUGGGUUAUCAUGUUUUCCAGCCCAUGCUUUCCAGCCUGUGGGAUAACUAUCUCUCUACCUGUAGGUCUGCAUGUGCCAUGUGUAUGUUUGUAACAGAACUGCAGCAAGUAACCUGGGGACAAGUUACUGGUGUUUAGCAACACUUCCAUAGCCAGAAAUUUCUCAAUCUGUUACUUGUACUAAUUAUUGCCAGUUUAGGGAAUGGACGUAGAGGAGCACAGGAACACUUUCUACAUAGUUGUGUGGAAGCUCCCUUCUUUUGACAGAUAUUCAUGUUCAUUAAGCUCUGUUUCGGAGAAAGGAAGUCCAAACUGCAAAGCUGAAAUAAUUUUGAAAUUAAAACAUUGCCUUGUGUUUUUAUUUAUUGGUGGCAAGAUUGUGAAGAAAUGAUCUGGCCAUGUUUAUAUGCUGUAUAUGAAAUAAAAGCUAGUAAUAAUUUGGGA